UGAUCCUUACAAGCAGGCUGAUCAUGUCCAUUCGUGCCACCGAAAGCAGAUUGGCACCAAGCUGCUGGACGCCUUCCAGUCACUUGUUGACCUCACGGCAUCUUGUCCGCUUCGAGACUGCCCCACAUCAGGAUUCGCAAGCGGACAAGCAUUAGCCCUGCACCUCGCGCAGCACCGCUCCACAUCGGGGCGGUGCAAUAUCACUGUCGGAUAUGGCACAUGCGGGAAGGCGCCGUCAGACAUGGUGCGGCAUCUGGAGCUUGAGCAUGGCCUGAUCGCGACAACUUCGCCAUCCGCCCCCAGCAGCGUCACAUACUGCAAGCUGUGCAACGUCUGGUGAUUGAUGUCCUGCUUGCGUGGCUGACUGUUGCAGGGUGGCUGGCGAACAAAACAUCUUCCUUCAUUUCGCGCCUCAUAUGGCGCAGUAUGCGAUGAACGUGGCCGACGAUCCAAGUUAUCUCGGCCAUGAUCGACACUCGCCAGAUGACGGUGCCACCCGCCCCAUUGGCUGUCCUUUCUGCCUUUUCGACAGCACCAAAUCGUUCUGGGAGCGCAAUUUCGAGUUCGCCCAGCGCGGUGCCCAGUUGAGGCACAUUGCGACGCACAUUGCUGCCCUUUCGAACGACGGCAGCACUCACAAUUGCCCCUUCCCCGCAUGUGAAGGCAUCUCUCUCGAUCGCGAGGCCCUGGCCUGCCACCUGCAGAAUUUUCACGCAUUGCGGGUGGCCUCGAGUCUCAAGCGGCGCCUGGAGCUGGACGACAAGCCUGAUCCGCCUGUGACCAAGCGCAGGGUUGACCACGCCCCUAACACACCGCCGCUGCCGAUGCCACCGCCGCCGACCACAAAGAUGCCACCGCCGCCGACCACAACAUCCUCUCCGACAACAUCACAGCAGCUCGACGCGCUGGAGGUACAGACGGUCACCCCCGACAUCCCACUCGUGGCAGAGCCCAAGCUGCCGCCGUAUAGCGAGAUGAAGGGGUCUCAACUCAAGGCACUGUGUCGCAGUCGCAACCUCAGCAUCCGUGGCGCAAACGCCGUGCUAGCCCAGCGUCUCCGUGAGUACGACUUUACCCAGACCCCCGGACCCAGGAGCGGAGGGUAGAACGGCAUCACUCAUGGAUUAUGAUAAGGUAGAGUGGCCGACCAGAUGAAACAGGCCCCUUAGAGAUGUUAUACAGUACACGCAAAUACAAUUGUAUUUACG